UCCUGUUCUCCCCUCCCCAUGUGCUUCUCCAGGUCAUUUUUCCAUCCCAAGAAGGAGGGCAAAGCGAAAAAGCCAGACAAGGAGGCCUCCAACAGAGAGACAGAACUACCUCCAAAGGCGGCAUUAAAGGAACGGAACGGAGAGGUGCCCGAGCACGAUUCUCCCGUGAAGAGGCCAGGGCGGAAGGCGGCCCGGGUCCUGGGCAGUGAAGGCGAGGAGGAGGACGAAGCCCCCACGCCCUCCAAAGGCCAGAAGCCGGCCCCCGGCUCUCCACAGGUGUCCCCUCCCAGCCCUGUCCCCUUUCCCGAGGGCAGCCCUCCCGUCUCCGACACCUCUCCCGUGGGCACCUGCCCAGCAGGCAUCCCGAAGCGGCGCACAGCUCGGAAGCAGCUUUCUAAGCGCACAAUUCGGGAUGUCCUGGCAGAGCAGAGCAAGGAAGGGGACAGAGCGGUGAAGAGGAAGAAGGAGGAAGAAGCAGAGGCCCCAACAGAAAGCCUCCCCGAGCCUGAACUGACCCAAAAGGAGGAAGCAGAAGCGGAGGACCCGCCCACGACGCCCGCUGAGCCCGCAGAGGCCUCCCCAGCUGAGCCCCUGGCAGAGAGCACCCCAGAGCCCGAGGCGGCCGGCAAGCAGGACGCACGGGAGCAGGACCAGGCCAGGCCUCCCCCCAAAGCGCCCAAGACGGUCAGCAGUUUCUUCGCCCCCCGGAAGCCGGCGACCAAAAAAGAAGGGAAAGAAGAGGGACCGGGCACCCCAGGAAAGGAGGAGACCAGAGGACCCCCGGACCCGCCCAGCUACAAUCCUGCCAAGAACAGCUACCACCCCAUCGAUGAUGCCUGCUGGAAGUCGGGCCAGAAGGUCCCUUACCUGGCUGUGGCCCGGACCUUUGAGAAGAUUGAGGAGGUUUCUGCUCGGCUCCGGAUGGUGGAGACGCUGAGCAACUUGCUGCGCUCUGUGGUGGCCCUGUCCCCCCCAGACCUGCUCCCCAUCCUCUACCUCAGUCUCAACCGCCUCGGGCCGCCCCAGCAGGGCCUGGAGCUCGGCGUCGGCGACGGUGUCCUCCUCAAGGCGGUGGCCCAGGCCACGGGGCGGCAGCUAGAGUCCGUCAAGGCCGAGGCAGCGGAGAAGGGUGACGUGGGGUUGGUGGCGGAGAACAGCCGCAGCACCCAGAGGCUCAUGCUGCCCCCGCCUGCCCUCACGGCCGCCGGGGUCUUCGCCAAGUUCCGAGACAUCGCCCGGCUCGCUGGCAGCGCUUCCACAGCCAGGAAGAUGGACGUCAUCAAAGGCCUCUUUGUCGCCUGCCGCCACUCGGAAGCCCGAUUCAUCGCCAGGAUGGGAGCCAGUGGCCACCACGACAGCGCAAACAGAAUCACAGCCCGCAUCACGCAGGAUUUCUGGGGUGUCCGAGCCCUGAGUGGACGGCUGCGCCUCGGCCUGGCAGAGCAGUCGGUGCUGGCGGCCCUGGCCCAGGCUGUGAGCCUCACGCCCCCUGGCCAAGGGGUCCCCCCGGCUGUGGUGGACGCAGGGAAGGGCCGGACAGCAGAGGCCCGGAAGGCGUGGCUGGAGGAGCAGGGCAUGAUCCUAAAGCAGACGUUCUGCGAGGUGCCGGACCUGGACCGGAUCGUGCCCGUGCUGCUGGAGCACGGCCUGGAGCGCCUCCCGGAGCACUGUAGGCUGAGCCCAGGGGUCCCCCUGAAACCCAUGCUGGCGCACCCCACCCGCGGUGUCAGCGAGAUCCUGAAGCGCUUUGAGGAGGCGGCUUUCACCUGCGAGUACAAAUACGAUGGGCAGAGGGCACAGAUCCACGUCCUGGAAGGCGGGGAGGUGAAGAUCUUCAGCAGGAAUCAGGAAGACAAUACUGGGAAGUAUCCCGACAUCCUCAGCCGCAUCCCCAAGAUCAAACUGCCGUCAGUCACAUCCUUCAUCCUGGACACGGAAGCCGUGGCCUGGGACCGGGAGAAGAAGCAGAUCCAGCCGUUCCAAGUGCUCACCACCCGCAAACGCAAGGAGGUGGACGAGGCCGACAUCCAGGUCCAGGUCUGUCUGUACGCCUUCGACCUCAUCUACCUCAAUGGGGAGUCGCUGGUCCGCGAGCCGCUCUCCCGGCGCCGGCAGCUGCUCCGGGAGAACUUUGUGCAGACGGAGGGCGAGUUUGUCUUCGCCACCUCGCUGGACACCAAGGACACGGAGCAGAUCGCCGAGUUCCUGGAGCAGUCUGUGAAGGACUCCUGCGAGGGGCUGAUGGUGAAGACCCUGGACGUCGAUGCCACCUACGAGAUCGCCAAGAGGUCACACAACUGGCUCAAGCUGAAGAAGGACUACCUCGACGGCGUGGGCGACACCCUGGACCUCGUGGUGGUCGGCGCCUACCUGGGCCGCGGGAAGCGGGCCGGCCGCUAUGGGGGCUUCCUGCUGGCCACCUACGACGAGGGGAGCGAGGAGUUCCAGGCCAUCUGCAAGCUUGGAACCGGCUUCAGUGACGAGGAGCUGGAGGAGCAUUUCCAGAGCCUCCAGGCCCUGGUGCUGCCCAGCCCACGCCCCUACGUCCGGGCCGACGGCGCCGUGGCCCCCGACCACUGGCUGGACCCCAGCACCGUGUGGGAGGUGAAGUGUGCCGACCUGUCCCUGUCCCCCAUCUACCCCGCUGCCCGGGGCCUGGUGGAUGGUGAGAAGGGGAUCUCCCUCCGUUUCCCCCGGUUUAUCCGCGUCCGCAAAGACAAGAAGCCAGAGGAGGCUACGACCAGUGCCCAGGUGGCCUAUCUGUACAGGAAGCAGAGUCAGAUUCAGAACCAGCAGGGCGCGGACUUGGACUCCGACCUGGAAGACUUCUAUUAGGCUCCCUCCCUCCCGGGCUGGGAGCAGAGGCGGCGGGGGUGGGGGCCCCGGGGGCAUCACCCCUGCUGCUCAGCGAACCCGGUGUUGCGGCCGAGUGUGUUUUGAGUGUCCGAUGUGUGUGCGCGCGAGGGGUCGGUUUGAGCUGGGGUCUGGGAUUUAAUCAGUCGUCUGUUUUCAAUAAAUAAUUAUUGAGCCUCCCA